ACAGCUCUCUUCUACAGACUCACUGAAGCUAGGGUUUUUAAAUCGUUCGAAGAAGAUCAAUACGUUGUAGAAGUCCUUUUUUCUGUCUUCGAACAAAGUGAGGGUUUUGAUCCAGGCCUCGAUCAUCUGACGAAGCUCAAGGUCAUCAGAAUGCAGUCAUCUGCAAUCCGUUCGAUGAAAUUCCAGGGGCUCCAGUCGUCACGUGAAGCUCUAGACUAAAUCGAUAGGUAGAUGGAGACAUAGCAUUUAUGGAGAUUAUGAUCCUCUGAAAUUCAGACAAUGAAGUUGAAGAUCAACAAGGCCUGUGAUCUGAGCUCCAUUUCUGUCCUUCCACCGCAUUCCAGGAGAGGAAAUGCGGUCCCACCAGGAGCAGAUACUUCGGUUUUCAGUAAAAGCCAGGGUUCUUCGCAGUUCUGGUCGCAGUCGCAACAGUCAUUUUCACAGGGCAUGUCAAUGUCUCAGCUCUCACAGAAUUCUCAAGAGGAAAUUAUGACAAAUGAACAUAGAUUUGGUUCUCAAGACAACUCGUUGAAGAGGAUUUCUUGCUUGGCGCCUGUUACUUACACGCGAGAAGAUAAUCAGAUGCCAAUGUCGAGAUCAUCCAACAACGUUAUCCGCAGAUGGAGUUCAACUUCUGCUCCAGAUAAUAGAUGCCAUGUCAAUGAGGAACUUGAACACAGAAUCGGACUGAUGGAAACUUCAUUAAACAGGUUGGGAAUGGUCCUAGAAUCUGUUCAGAGCGACGUCAUGCAAGUUAACAAAGCAGUUAAAGAAGUAUCACUGGAGAUGGGUGGUAUACAGCAAAAAAUGAUUGUUCAUGAUAACUCCUUGCAGUUGGUGCUCAAGGGAGAGGAUGAUAUCAAAGCCAGUCUUGAUGUAAAUCUGAAGGCUAUAUCUGAUCAAUUGAGAAAGGAAUCAAAUCAGCACAAAUUAGAUAAGAUUGAAUCCACACUUUCAGCACUGCCUGUUCAAAUCGAGACACGACUAUUGAAGCUCCAAAAUGAACUUUAUCAGACCUUCAUCAAAGAAAUGGCUAUUAUCAGUAGCAUGAAGCCUCUCAAUGAGAACCAUCAACCGCGUGCUGUUCAGCCACCAAAGAGGAAAAGCUGCAUCGCUACCCCAUCCCUAAAAAAGCAGCAACCCGUUAUGGAAAAUCCAGUUGCACCUCCGAAGUUCUGUACGAGGAGGGGGUUGAUUCCGAAUAUAGAAGUAGAGAAGCCGUUAAAACCAAAAACAGUGGCUUUCACUGAUACCAAACAUACUAUAGAGCUCAAACAGGAAGAAGUUACUAUCAUGAAACAGGAACAAGAUUGUAGAGUACUCAUCGAAUCAGAUGAGGAGAUUGAUGGAGGCUUUUCCUUCUUGCUUGAGGAAAAGGAAAUAGGCAAGGGGAACCACUUGAUGGAAGAUGCGAGGGAAGAGACAAAACGGAUUCUAAAGAAAGCAAGGAGGAGAAGGAGACAAUGCUGUAAUCCUAUAAUUCUAGUUUGAAGGUAAGACUGCAACUCAUUGCCAUUGUAACUUGGGUUUUACUAGAUCUUUUUUUUUCUUUUUUUUUUCUGGUUGAAUUUACAGAAAAUUCUGAGCACCCAUAUGCACACACGUGCUCCACAUUGUACACAGGUGCAAAAUCCAAAAAUCAGGCCGGUCUGCUCAUCAGGUGGGCCAUGUUUCUAAUGGCCUGUGUGCUGGGUCAGUGUACAUACACGAUGGGGCCCACCUGAUGAGCAGAUUGGAUAUCACACCUGACAUGUUGGCAUCUGUUCUUGAAUGUAGGAAUAUAUGCGUAGGAUUUGGGAAUCUUAUAAACUCGUAUUAUUUGUUGAAAAAUGCACGGACCUUUUCUGGUGUGAAUUUUCACUGUCAGUUGAUAGGGGUUGAAACCAGCCUUGAGUAGUUCAAGAACAAAUAAAAGGAUUUUUGCUGCAAAUUUUCUCAAGUAUACUGAUUUUACUAAGCAA